AUGUUUUCCAAAAAACUACAAGCUAGUUUGCUGCUUCUCAAUGCUGUGGCAUCCUUAAUGGCUGCUACCGUGACCACCCGUCGCAUCCAGCCUCGGGAGUCGAACUCCUGCGAGGGGCGUCAGACUCCAGGACCCAUUUGCGAGUCCUGCGAGCUGCUAGCCACCUGUGUGCGGCACUCCAAUGGUUGGGUUAACAUUCCCGUGGAGUCAUGCGACGUGGCCAACGGAUACUAUUGCAACGCUCGUCUGGGAAGCUGCACAAACGAAACGGGCCCAUGCCACCCCUUUGGAAUCGAGGGCAACUUCCAAUGCACAUCCCAGGGCAUCUUCCCGGACCCCUAUGACUGCCAGAAGUACCACAUGUGCUACUUCGUGGGAGCAACUCUGGUGGCCGCUGCCGUGGACUGUGGCAACGACAAGGCCUUUGAUGCCCGGACUGGUCAGUGCACCUUGACCCUGAAUGAUCCCGUCUGUCUUCAGCGGCAAUACAACUGCCCCAACGCCGGAUUCGUGGCUGCCUGGCCCACUAACCCCAAUAUUUUCUACGUUUGCAAGUCGACGGUUAACCAGAACCUGAACGAUUCCCUCGUCAUAUAUCCCUCACUGCAUCGCUGCAAUGACGGUGAGAUCUUCGUGGACUAUGUGUGCCGUACCGGAUCGAAUGUCCUGCCUCCUAGCACUGAUCCAUCCAAUCCGUCUGAGGUGAUCGUGGAUCCCAAUGACGGAGCAUUCAACGUGAUUCCCACCACUUGCCAGCACGUGGGCCUCAUCGCCGACAUGGAUGAUUGCCGGAAGUACUAUUACUGCUCCGCGUUGAAUGGCACUCUGCGGCACAUGGACUGUCCCUCGGGUACCUACUACCGUCCCGAGCUGUCCUCCUGCGUCCUGGGGUCUUGCUGAACUGUCAUUAAGGGAGGAUAUUUUUAAAGAAGCUUUACCACAAAUAAAAGUUAAAUAAAUGGUGGAGA